AUGACCAAGCGCACCAAGAAGGUCGGUAUCACCGGUAAAUAUGGUACUAGAUACGGUGCCUCCCUGCGUAAGCAGGUGAAGAAGAUGGAAGUCACCCAGCACGCCCGUUACAUCUGCACCUUCUGCGGAAAGAACACCGUCAAGCGCCGCGCUGUUGGUAUCUGGGAGUGCAAGGGCUGCAACAAGACCGUCGCCGGUGGUGCCUACACCGUCUCGACCCCUGCUGCCGCUGCCACCCGCUCCACCAUCCGUCGUCUCCGUGAGAUCGCUGAGGUUUAA